GUUGCAAAGCUGGAAAUAUAAGUGGAUGCUUUUUGCAAGAUGGGCUCAGAUGACACAUUCAGAGCACUUGCAAUAGAAGAAGUUAUUAUCCCUUGAGAUAACAAAGAGAGAGAGAUAGAAGAAGUUAUUAUCCCUUGAGAUAACAAACAAAACACAGAGAAAGAGAGAGAGAGAGAGAGAGAGAGAGGGGGAGAGAGAGAUGUGGAGGUCACAGGAGUGGGAGGAGAGAUGCAGGAAGCACUUUGAGCACAAGCAGUCCAAAGGAGUGUGCCCCUACUGCUUGAGGGAGAAGCUGAUUCACCUGUCAGCUUCCUCCUCCGCUUCGACGACCGCAAACGCAUCUUCUUCUUCUUCCUCCUCUCCGACUGACUCCUCCGGUUGCGCUGCCUCCCCUCCAGGCGAAGAACCCAACUUCACCAACAAUUCUCAACAGUUAUUCAAAGAAAACAUGGUGACCAAAGCCGAGGCGACGAAGGAAACAACGAGGUCUCUUUCUUUGGAUGUGAAGGAGAAUAAAGCAGAGGAGAAACAAGGGAGAGAGGAGGAGAACAUGGAGAAGAAGGAGCAGAAGAAGAAGAAGAGGUUUUGGGCUAAGCUGUUGCACUCAAAAACCAUGAAGGAGAAGAGUUCUACCAAGUGGAUGUUCUAUUGAGGGUGUUUCUUAUAAAUAAUCUGUUUAUGUUUUCUUUUUAUUGUAUUGUAUGCAUAUAAGAUAAAGGAAAAUAAGGUCAAUUUGUAUAAAAAAUUCACAAGUUUUAAGAUUUUGUAAAAUUGGACCGUUA